AUGCCUGUGGUGGAUGAUCACAUUGCGCGCCUAGGCAAAGGUACUAUUUGGAGUAAACUGGAUAUAAAGGAAGCCUUUUUACAAAUCGAACUGGACGACGAAUCUAAGGAUGUGACCACGUUUAUCACCGGACGAGGACUAUUUCGUUUCAAACGGAUGCCGUUUGGUUUGGUGACUGCACCGGAGCUCUUCCAAAGGGCUAUGGAUGAGAUUCUAGCCGGGUGUGAGGGUGUAGCUUCGUAUCUCGAUGACGUCAUCAUCGAAGGAAAAGACAUGGACGAGCAUGACACACGACUCAAUGAGAACAGGGAUCCGACCUUCAGAUACGAAGAUUCGAGCUUUGUUAUCGUUGUAGCCAACUACAUGAACAAGUUCAUACCGAAUUUAGCAACAAUAGAUCAACCACUACGAAAAUUGUUAGCAAAAGAUGUCAAAUUCGAAUGGUCAAAGGAACAAAACGAUGCUUUCAACGAGAUCAAAUCGGCUUUGAGCAAAGUUCAAAACUUAGGAUUCUAUAGAUUAGCAGACCGAACAGCUGUCAUUGCUGACGCAAGUCCGCAUGGGCUAGGGUUCAACCAGCAUAACGAGCAUCGUGUAGUAAGUUUCGCCUCCAAAUCGUUGACCGAAACUGAGCGUAAUGAAAAGAUAAUAGUUCGUGCAGUAACCCUGUCGGCUCGUUCUUGUACGGCGUUCACGUGGAAAGAGAUUAAAGAGGCUUCUAUGUCGGAUUCUGAAAUCAAAAUCGUGUUGGAUUCUCUGCUCAAUGACGUAGAUAGCUUGCCUAUUGAAUAUCGGGUGGUGAGAAAUGAACUGUGUCAGUUUGAAGAUGUUCUGCUCAGGGGUGAUCGGAUUGUAAUUCCGAAAUCUUUACGUACUAGAGUGCUGUCUGCUGCUCACGAUGGUCACCCGGGAAUAACGAUGAUGAAGAAUCAUUUAAGCAGCACCGGAUCCACCGGAGGCAAUGACUCGCAGCCACCUCCGUCCUAUCCUUGGCACACAUUGGCUAUUGAUUUCCUCGGUCCUUUGCCGGAAGAACAAAGCCUGCUCGUGGUGAUCGAUUAUUAUUCCCGAUUCAUCGAGGUUUGCGAAAUGGAGACUACUACAGCAACUGAUGUGGUAGGAGAACUGGCUAUUAUGUUUGGAAGGUUUGGUAUUCCGUCGUUCAUAAAGGCAGAUAAUGCUCCUCAGUUUAGCACUGAGUGUACGGAGAUAGAGGAGUUUUGUAAGUGUACUGGAUUCAAAAUUUUGAAUACUAUCCCUUACUGGCCUCAGUCUAACGGCGAAGUGGAGCGGCAGAAUAGAUCAAUUCUGAAACGACUACGCAUUGCACAGGAGCUGGGCCAGGACUGGAGAAAAGAGUUGCGUGAUUACAUCUUAACGUAUCAUUAG